ACAGUAAAAGGAUUACAGUUCAGUGUAGAUAUAGAUGUGGCUGUGAGUUCAAUAGCUACACUUGUAGAAUGCCUGCUUGUACAUGUGUGGGGGGGGUAAAGUGUCAGUUCAAGGUGUUUGCAUCAAAACUUGUUAAGCAGCAAACUUGGCAAAUCAAAACCUUGAAUUUAGACCAUUCCUGCUUCAGAGUAAAGAAGAACAAGAUGCUUACUGCUGAAUACAUAGCAGAGAGGUAUUUAGAAGAGUUUAGGAGUAACCCUGGUUGGAGAAUUAAGGAGAUUAGGGCUAGGAUUUUGAAUGAUUUAGGAGUUGAUGUGAGUUACUAUAAGGCAUGGCUAGCUAGGUGUAGGGCAAAACUACUGAUAUUUGGUUCAGCUAGGGAGCAGUAUGCUAGGGUGUGGGAUUAUGGGAAAGCUGUGAUGAAGUACAACCCUGGUUCAGGGUGCAAUGUUGUUGUUGAUGGUAUUGACAGGCCAGAGCCACCAUUGUUCAUGAGGAUGUUCAUCUGUUUAAGGCCAUUGAGAGAUGGAUUUGCAAAGGGUUGUAGGCCUUUAAUAGGGUUGGAUGGUUGUCACCUCAAGGGUGCCUUUCCUGGGCAAAUUCUGGUGGCAGUUGCUAAGGAUGGGAAUAACAACUUGUUUCCUCUAGCUUGGGCCACAGUGGAGAUUGAAAACCAGGAAACUUGGGGUUGGUUCUUGGAAUCCCUUAUGUCAAUGUUCACACAUGAUCAAGGAGCUGGGCUGACCAUCAUGUCUGACAGGCAAAAGGGUUUGAUUAAAGCAAUGGCUGAUGUUAUUCCCAAAGCUGAGCAAAGGUUUUGUGUGAGGCAUAUUUGGGCUAACUUCAAGCUCAACUUCACUGGAUCAACCUUUAAGGAGCUGUUUUGGAGAGCAGCUAGGGCCACCACCAUUUUUGAGCAUGAAAUUGCCAUGGAGUCUAUCAAAUUCCUCGAUGAAGAGGCAUAUGAGUAUUUAAUCAACAUUCCUCCCCACCAUUGGUCUAGACAUGCAUUCACACCAAACUGCAAGUCCAACAUGUUGUUGAACAACAUGUGUGAGACUUUCAAUGCAGUCAUUAGGCCUGCCAGAGAUAAACCUAUCCUCACCCAAAUGGAAUGGAUGAGGAGGUAUAUUAUGAACAGGAAUAAUGAAAAGUGGGAGGAUUCAAAAACAAUUACACACAACUUAGUGCCAUAUGUGAGGCAUGUUCUGGGGAGGAUAGACUUUGUGGCUAGGUCCUGUGUGGUGCAGCCAUCCAGAGGGAAUACAUUUGAGGUGCAGCUGAAGGAUGACCAGGUGUUGGUUGAUUUGGACAAGGAGACCUGCACAUGUUACCAUUGGGAACUCACUGGCAUUCCAUGUGUUCAUGCUUAUGCCUGCAUAUUGGAUAUGAGGGGUGACAUAGAGGCUGUUGUUGACCCAUACUAUACCAUGGACACAUACAGGUCUGCUUAUGAACCAGCUGUCCAACCAAUGCCUGGCCCAAAGCACUGGGAGACAGUCAGAAUGAGGGAACCACUACCCCCUUCUGUUAAGGUGCAACCUGGAGACCAAAGAGCAAAAAAAGGAAGCUUGAGCCAGGAGAAUGUUCUUCUUCAGGUGGUCAGGCAAGUACCAAGAGGAAGAAGCAAUGCAGCAACUGUGGGGGAUAUAGGCAUUAUGCCAAGACUUGCAAAGUACCUGCUGCACCAGCUACAGAGCUGA